AUGAUAGAGCUAUACGUUGAGUUUGAACAGCAGUCAGGGUUUGGCACGGUCGACGAGGAGGUCAAUGUUGAUGAGCUCGGGGAUAUAGAUUGGGAAGAAGAUAAUAAUGACAGUGAAGAGGAGUUCGAAGCUAACUAUGAAGUCGAUGACGAAAACGAUGACGGAGACUUGGCAAACAAUCCGGAGGUGCAAAAUGAAGCAAAUGCGAUUUGUUUAUUUUAUUUGCCUUGCCUGACUGAUGGUGGUGCGCAUGUCGUAGGUGAAGGCAACGCUGCGGUGGAAGAUGGCGAGUUUAGUGUUAGAAUAGAAUUUGGUUCGAGAGAGUCGGUGAUAUCUGCAAUCAAAAGCUACACUAUCUCUAGAGGAGUUGAUUACGAUGUGUAUGAGUCUGAGCCGCAGAUAUUCUAUACGAAAUGGAAGGGGUAUGGUGCAGGGUGCAAUUGGCUUAUCCGAGCUAGCUUGAUUCAAAAGAAAGCUUGUUGGGAGAUUAGGAGAUACAAUGGCAAGCACACGUGCCCCGUGGGAACAAUAUCACAAGAUCAUGCCAAGUUGGACUCGGACACAAUUGCAGAUGCCAUUAGGCCGUUGGUCGAAUCAGACCCCUCGAUAAAUGUGAAGUCUGUUAUUGCAGAAGUUCAAUCCAGGUUCAACUACACUGUAAGUUACCGCAAGGCUUGGUUGGCAAAGCAAAAAGCUGUUGCCAAGGUUUUCGGUGAUUGGGAAGUUUCUUACCAGACUCUGCCAGUAUGGUCGAAAGCAAUGACGGUGAAGAUGUCAAAGUCUCGCGUUCAAAUCAAAACGCUCCCCGUUUACCAUGAGAGUGAGGAGGUUCAAGGUGUAAGAGUUCUGCACCAUAUUUUUUGGAGCUUUUAUCCGUGUAUUGUAGCAUUUAGACACUGCAAGCCAUUGGUGCAAGUUGAUGGUACGCACCUGUACGAAAAAUAUAAAGGUGCACUUCUGAUAGCGGUUGCACAAGAUAGGAAUCAAAACAUUGUGCCUAUUGCAUUUGCGAUAGUCGAGGAUGAGACGACAGACGCAUGGGAGUUUUUCCUAACGAAUUUGCAGAGAUAUGUUGUUACCAUUGAUGGUGUAGGUAUUAUUUUUGACCGCCAUACCUCCAUCGAUGCUGCAAUAACUCGCAGUAACGGUGCAUGGUCACCACCAAGGGCGUGGCACAUGUACUGCAUCAGGCACGUCGGGUCCAACUUCUUAAGGAGGUUCAAGGCUCCAUAUUUGCAUAAACUCGUGGUGAACACAGGAAUUUCAACUCGCUGUUAUGGUUCUAUUGAUAGUACAUUUGUGGCAUCUGCUUAUGACUAA